UUCAAGAAUCAAAGUCCCUCCAACCAGAAAAGGAGGAACUUAACAAAAAGGUUCCUCAUUUGAAUUAUACUCACAAAGUUCUUAACAUAAUUUCUUCUUCUGUUACUUAAUGUGAAGGGAAAAAAAAAAACAAUGGAGGGUGGUGGAGAUAUCUUGAGGGUGAGUAGUGCACGUUUGAGUAGCUCAAAUGUAUGGAGAAAUAGUGCUAUGGAUGUGUUUUCAAGGUCAUCAAGAGAAGAUUAUGAUGAUGAAGAGGCAUUGAAAUGGGCUGCUCUUGAGAAACUUCCUACUUAUCUUCGUAUAAGGAGAGGCAUUCUCACUGAUCAAGAACAAGGACAAUCUAGAGAAGUCGAUAUAACGAAGCUCGAUUUAGUGGAAAGAAGGAAUCUUUUAGAUAGGCUUGUCAAGAUUGCUGAUGAAGACAAUGAGAAGUUCUUGUUGAAGCUCAAAAAGCGCAUUGAUAGAGUUGGUCUGGAUCUUCCUACAAUUGAAGUCCGGUUCGAGCAUUUGAGUGUAGAUGCAGAAGCUCGUGUUGGUGGUAGAACUUUACCAACAAUAUUCAACUUCACAGUUAACAUCUUAGAGGAUUUCUUGAAUUAUCUUCAUAUCCUUCCAAGUAGAAAGAAACCAUUGCCAAUCCUUCAUGAUGUCAGUGGAAUCAUCAAGCCAGGAAGAAUGACACUGCUUCUAGGACCACCAAGUUCUGGAAAAACAACAUUGCUAUUAGGUUUAGCCGGGAAACUUGAUAAAGAUCUCAAGGUUUCAGGAAGAGUUACAUAUAAUGGGCAUGGGAUGGAUGAGUUUGUACCACAAAGAACAUCUGCUUAUAUAAGCCAAAAUGAUCUUCAUAUUGGAGAAAUGACAGUCAGGGAAACACUAGCAUUUUCUGCUAGAUGUCAAGGAGUUGGAGCCAAAUAUGAAAUUUUGGCAGAGCUGUCUAGGAGAGAGAAGGAAGCAAAUAUUAAACCAGAUCCUGAUGUUGAUAUCUUUAUGAAGUCAGCAUGGAAUGAAGGACAGGAGGCUAAUGUUGUAACAGAUUAUACUCUCAAGAUAUUGGGACUUGAAAUUUGUGCUGAAACCCUAGUUGGAGACGAAAUGAUUCGAGGAAUUUCCGGGGGGCAGAGAAAGAGACUAACAACAGGGGAAAUGAUGGUUGGACCAGCAAGAGCACUUUUUAUGGAUGAGAUAUCAACUGGUUUAGACAGUUCAACAACCUAUCAGAUUGUCAAUUCAAUUAGGCAGUCAAUCCACAUUCUUCAAGGAACUGCUGUAAUCUCACUUCUGCAGCCUGCACCAGAAACAUAUGACUUGUUCGACGAUAUUAUUCUUCUAUCAGAUGGGCAGAUUGUGUACCAAGGUCCCCGGGAAAAUGUACUUGAGUUCUUCGAGUACAUGGGCUUCAAAUGCCCCGAGAGGAAAGGAGUUGCUGAUUUCUUACAAGAAGUGACAUCAAGGAAGGAUCAAGAACAAUACUGGGCACGUCGUGAUGAACGUUAUAAGUUUAUCACAGUUCGCGAAUUUUCUGAAUCAUGUCAAUCAUUUCACAUUGGAAGGAAGCUUGGUGAUGAGCUUGCUGUUCCCUUUGAUAAAUCCAAGAGCCACCCUGCUGCUCUAACCACCAAGAGGUAUGGUGUUAGCAAGAAAGAACUCUUAAAAGCCUGCACAGCUAGAGAAUACCUUCUUAUGAAGAGGAAUUCGUUCGUCUAUAUAUUCAAGAUGAUACAACUAACGAUAAUGGCUUCAAUAACAAUGACACUAUUCCUAAGAACUGAGAUGCACAGAAAUACAACAACAGAUGGUGCAGUAUUCUUGGGUGCACUGUUCUAUGCAGUUAUCAUGAUUAUGUUCAAUGGUUUCUCAGAGCUUGCCCUCAGUAUUAUGAAGCUUCCGUCCUUUUACAAACAACGCGAUCUUCUUUUCUUUCCUGCCUGGGCGUAUGCUCUGCCUACUUGGAUCCUCAAGAUACCGAUCACACUUGUAGAAGUUGCCAUUUGGGUGUGUAUGACUUAUUAUGUGAUUGGAUUCGAGGCAGACGUUGGGAGGUUCUUCAAACAGCUGUUUCUGCUCAUAUGUGUUAACCAGAUGGCCUCGGGGCUGUUUCGAUUCAUAGCAGCUCUUGGAAGGAAUAUCAUUGUUGCAAAUACAUUUGGAUCAUGUGCUCUACUCAUAGUUCUUGUAAUGGGUGGCUUCAUUCUGUCAAGAGAUAAUGUGAAACAAUGGUUGAUAUGGGGUUACUGGAUUUCGCCUAUGAUGUAUGCACAGAAUGCUAUAGCUGUGAACGAAUUUCUAGGGAAGAGUUGGGCACAUGUUCCUCCGAACUCCACGGGCACAGAUACAUUAGGAGUAUCAUUCUUGAAAUCGCGUGGAAUCUUUCCAGAAGCAAGAUGGUAUUGGAUUGGAGCAGGAGCUCUUCUUGGAUAUGUUUUGCUCUUCAAUUUCCUGUUCACAGUGGCCUUAGCUUAUCUCAACCCAUUUGGUAAACCUCAGGCAGUUCUUUCUGAAGAAACUGUGGCAGAGAAGAACGCAAGCAAAAGGGGCGAGGUUAUUGAACUAUCUCCGAUGGGAAAGAGCUCCUCUGAAAAAGGAAAUAAUGUUCGACGAAGUGCAUCUUCCAGGUCUAUGUCCUCAAGGGUUGGCAGCAUAACUGAGGCUGCUUUAAACAAGAGAAGAGGAAUGAUUCUUCCUUUUGAGCCCCUUUCAAUUACUUUUGAUGAUAUCAGAUAUGCAGUAGAUAUGCCACAGGAAAUGAAAGCUCAAGGUGUUAGCGAGGACUGGCUUGAACUCUUGAAAGGAGUGAGUGGUGCUUUUAGGCCAGGAGUUUUGACAGCUCUAAUGGGUGUUAGUGGAGCUGGUAAGACCACACUAAUGGAUGUCUUAGCUGGUAGGAAAACCGGUGGAUACAUUGAAGGAACCAUCAGUAUAUCUGGGUACCCAAAGCAGCAAGAAACGUUUGCUCGGAUAGCAGGAUACUGUGAGCAAACUGACAUUCAUUCACCUCAUGUUACAGUAUACGAAUCACUGCAGUAUUCCGCUUGGCUUAGACUGCCUCCUGAAGUUGACACUGAAACCCGAAAGAUGUUCAUUGAAGAGGUCAUGGAACUUGUAGAGCUAAACCCUCUGAGAGAAGCACUUGUUGGAUUGCCUGGAGUGAAUGGUCUUUCAACUGAACAACGAAAACGACUAACAGUUGCAGUUGAACUUGUUGCCAACCCUUCUAUAAUAUUCAUGGAUGAGCCAACCUCUGGAUUAGAUGCUAGAGCAGCUGCAAUAGUAAUGAGAACAGUUAGAAACACUGUGGAUACAGGUCGAACAGUGGUCUGCACCAUCCAUCAGCCUAGCAUUGACAUUUUUGAUGCUUUCGAUGAGCUCCUACUCUUGAAACGAGGAGGUGAAGAAAUAUAUGUCGGGCCAUUAGGACGACAUUGUUCUCACCUUAUUAAGUAUUUUGAGGGAAUUGAUGGAGUUGCAAAAAUCGAAGAUGGUUAUAAUCCUGCAACAUGGAUGUUGGAGAUAACUUCAGUAGCACAAGAAGCAGCUCUUGGAAUUGACUUCACAGAAUUGUACAAGAACUCAGAAUUGUAUAGGAGAAACAAAGCAUUAAUAAAGGAACUAAGUGUGCCAGCCCCAGGUUCAAAAGACCUGUACUUUCAAACUAAGUACUCCCAGUCUUUUUUCACCCAAUGUAUGGCUUGCUUUUGGAAACAGCACUGGUCAUACUGGCGAAAUCCUCCUUAUACAGCAGUCAGGCUCAUGUUUACAUUCUUCAUUGCUCUUAUGUUUGGAACGAUAUUCUGGGGUCUUGGCUCCAAAAGGAGAAGGCAACAGGAUAUAUUGAAUGCAGUAGGUUCGAUGUAUGCUGCUGUCUUGUUUCUUGGUGUACAAAAUGCUACUUCGGUUCAGCCAGUCAUUGCCAUUGAGAGGACCGUCUUCUACAGGGAAAGAGCAGCUGGAAUGUAUUCAGCUCUGCCUUAUGCUUUUGGACAGGUUAUGAUUGAGCUGCCAUACAUUUUCAUUCAGACGAUUAUAUAUGGGGUUAUAGUCUAUGCCAUGAUUGGAUUUGAAUGGACAGUUGCCAAGUUUUUUUGGUAUCUGUUCUUCAUGUACUUCACCUUGUUAUACUUCACAUUGUACGGGAUGAUGACAGUAGCCGUUACUCCUAAUCACAGCAUUGCAGCCAUCAUUUCAUCCGCAUUUUAUGCAGUAUGGAACCUUUUCAGUGGAUUCGUCGUUCCAAAAACAAGAAUGCCGGUGUGGUGGAGAUGGUACUAUUACAUUUGCCCGAUUUCAUGGACAUUAUAUGGACUAAUUGCCUCACAAUAUGGUGACCUACAAGACAAACUUGACACAAAUGAGACCGUGGAAGAAUUCAUAGAGAGUUUCUUCGAUUUCAAAUAUGAUUUUGUGGGAUAUGUUGCAGUCAUUCUUGUUGGAAUAUCAGUUGUGUUUCUCUUCAUUUUUGCUUUCUCAAUCAAAGCAUUCAACUUCCAGAAAAGAUAGGUUGGUCCAGGUAAUAGGGCAUAUGUCAAGAAAUGUGUAUAUUAGGACAAUAAUAUAUAUAAUGUUUUUUUUCCUCUCUUUUCGUUUUUAUGAUUUUCUCAAUUUUAGGAUAGAAAGAACUAAAGUGUGUCCCCUGUAGGUUGUAUCUAAGAACUUGUAUACAUUGUUAUAUAUGGGAAUAGUUUUGAGUUUCUUUUGUAAAUUUGAACAUGUUGGGCGUCUCUGAAUUUAAGCUUUUGAAGCUUCUACA